CAGGACCUGUGGGUGACGGAGCAGGAGUUGGUGAUGAUCCGCCUGGCCACCGUCGCGUACCUGCAGAAGCACGGGCGCGACUUCCUCGCCGUGCGCAAGUUGUGGAAACGCACCGCCACCUCGGAGCUGCAGGAGGGCGACGUGCGGUGGGACGAUAUUCUGCUGGUGCACGGGAGGUCGGUCGGCCUCCCCUAUUCCACCAUGCAGCUGGACGAACACAGCCUGGAGCCGACCAGCGGGACGGCGACCGGAGGUAGCAGCACCGUGGCCAAUAUCCUGAGUAAAAACGUACCCACACCAGAGUCAGGAUGGGGAUUUUGCAACACCAACCUAGGAGUUUUGUGAGUCACGCAUGACAAGUUUCAGUCCGUAAGGUAGUGCAAGUUAGCAAGGAAAGCCGCAUCACAAAUCGACCUUCUGAUCCUGUUUACAGCAUUACAAGUUCCCAAACACGAUGGAAAAUGCCUGUCAUGAGGUUGCGCAUCACAAAUGUUCCUGUCAUGGCAAAUCUGCAUGACAACUCUGGGGUGGGUACGUUUUUACUCAGGAUAGCCAAGGUGGUCAACGAGACGGGAAAGAUCGCGAAGACAAAGGAGCUAUGCAUUGCAAAUAUGUCUGGGUCUGGAAGGAUGCAAAGUUAGGUUUGUCAUGCUUGUUUGGCAUGACUAAAGAGUUUGUGAUGCGUGUCCAAAAAGAGACCCUUUUGCUUGUCAUGCAAAACGCACCUUGUCAUGCGGAAAGCGCAACACUAAGCCGCGCAAAUAUUUCUCAUGCUUGGCUGUGCAUUACAGAGAAUUCACUAUUCACGACCCAGCAUUACAGGUUUCCAGACCCAAACAUAUAUUGCAUUUGAUAGGAGCGCACCGAGAGUGCCCAGAUGACCGUCUCCAAAACCGGCGCGGUGGUCACCACCACCACGUCAGAACAACAAGCACAGGAAGAUAACGCAGUCGCAGUUCAUCUUGGAACCAGCACAAGCUCGCCGAAAGACCACACCGGGGACGCGACCCACCGCUCGGGCGACACCACGGUCAGCCCCGGCUCGCCGCAGUCCGCCCUGAACAAGCUUUCGAAGUCCAUCGCCCGCCCACGGGGCGAGGACAGGUCGCCGCUCAGCGACGAAGGUGGGGUAUUAAACAGUAUGAAGCGAACAGGAAGCACUUCCUCCAGUUCUUCGACGGCCGGCGGGGGCACCACAGGUGCUGGUGCGGUUGCGGCUCCUGCGUCGAAGCUGCACCCCGAAAAUUCAGCCGCCGACGACUGCAACGGGACGACGACAACAAGAACAGCAACGGAGCAACAGACCAGUACAACUACAGGAAUUGCAGUACUAAAAUCAGCAGCAGGAACAGCAGACAAGGAAGCUGGAGUACUAGGUGGCGCUUCUACAAGUAAGACCUCAAGCAGUUGUUGUACUACAGUGGAAGUUUUAGGAGCUGCAUCCGGGCGCGACGGGACGAACAACUACCCCAGUAGUUCGACGAGCAGUUGCAGCAGUUCUCCUCCUCGCGCAGUGAAGAUUCCCGUGGGGUUGUUUGUAGUGGAGAUGCGGGCACACGACCCCGAGCGGUGCAUCGUGCGGCAGCAAAGCGUGGGCUUCCAAAAACUGGACUGGCUGGCGAUGGCACGGGUGAACUUUGCGCCGGUGGUCAACGUCGUGCAGCAGCAGUCCCGAGGAGGCGCUGGUGGGGGUGGUUGUUCAUCUUCUAUGCAGCUGAACGUGAACCCCCUGGUGCAGGUGGCGCGGAUCUGCCUGCCCUCCCGGUUCCUGCCGUCGCUGCCGGAGCGCAAGAGCAAGCGAAAGUACCGCACGCAGGGCGGCAGCGGGGCCGGCGGCCGGCGCAAGGACCACCACGCUCUUGGCAGCGAUAACGGUGGUCUGUACACCGGGUACAGCAGCAGUAGCGCGCUGGCACUCGGCGCGGCGGCGAGUGCAGCUGGGAAUACUAGCGGUGGACCAUCAGGGGUGGCGGGCAGGAUCAAUUUGCAACAGUUCCCGAGCACGCCAAAUCUCCAGAACUACAACGGCAGCCACGUGUCGUCCUACAGCGGAUCUGGCACGCCCAACAACCCGCUGAACAUGAGCGGCACGACGGCGAGUAGUGGUCUCAACUUGCCAACAUCCGCCGCCGACUUGCAUCAUCAAAAUGCUGAUGAUACUACCAGCGCCGGUGGUCGUGGUAGCCCGCUGAGCAACCCCGCGGCCAUGGGGGACAUUUUAAGGGGCUACUGGAUGGAACAAGACUCCGAGAACGUGCUGACCGUCUGGGAGGUGCCGAAUGCAGCACUGAACAACGGCACCCACGUGUUGGGCGUGUACCGCGGUACCAGCAACUUGCUGCUCGGCCGGAUCUCCUUCGGCGGCGAAGAGGGCGUGUUUUUUGCCGAGUUCGGGACCGACAACGUGUGGCGCAUGACGCAAGAAGACGCCUGCUCCAUGCACGGCACCUGGCAGGCACACAGCAAAGGAAGUACUUACUUAUAGGUUUUUUUUUUUGAUAUCAAAGAUUUAUUUACGUAUGUGUCCGUUGUGCCGGGGGCUCAACAACUACCCCACUGUCGCCCGCGAAAAGUUUUCUUGCCACGCGUUGCAGCUGUAGAGAUGAAAACUACGUUUUUAAUCUUUGUUUUUUGCAUUUUUUCGUUGAAAAAAAAAUCAUCAACCGCUGCACGAGAACCAAUUUUCACACACAGCGGCGACGUGGCGGUGGCGGCGGCCCGCAGUGUACCCCCGUGUGGCGUGGCCGGAGUGGGGCGAGCGCGUGCUGAUCAACGCCUCGGGGAUUGUGGGCAACGCGGUGGCCAUCGGGAUCUGCAUUUUUGCGGUCGGGCAGCAGCAGCCGGUGGCGGCGCCGGCGACGUCCGCGACGCCACAGAAGACCAAGGGCAAAAACAAGGACAAGCAGCCGCCGGCGCCGGUGCUGCCGCCCCGCGUGCAGAAGAUCUGGGAGGGCGGUCUUCGGUGGACGCUGAGCACUAGGCGGUCCGCGUCGCCGAAGAAGAAGCGAACGGCAGCUGCCGCGGCCCUGCAGGAGCACGAUCUUCUGGCGUCUCCGGUAAAUAACAGGAAAACAAGACCUGCGCUGGUCGCGCCAUCCAGCAGUCUGCAGUACAUCACUACCGCGACGGCGACUGGUUCGUCGUCCAGAGCCCCCUCUAGCAGUAAUCUCCUCUUGCGGAAGAUUGCGGAUGAGCACGCGGCGAUGCAGGCCGCGCUGAAAGGCGGCCAGGUCGUUAUUACCACAAACCAGGCGCAGGACCAGAAGACGGUGGACAACACCCCGGUCGUCUCCUGUCCGAUGACCGGCUUACCGCUCGCCCCGGGUGGCGGGCUAUCAAAAUGAAAAAUCCCCCCUCCCCACAUCAAAACGAAGUUUGUGAUGCUGGAUUUGCGUACACAAAUCGGAUUUGUCUUGCUGGAUAGGACUGCAGGCCCAAACCGAGCCUCAGCCGAGAGGUUUUGGACUAGGCUCUUAGCAUGAGAAACGUCUGCUCUGUAGGCCCAACAGCAUCACAAACCGCCUGCAUAAUGCGGCGGAGCCUGGGGAGUUGCCUUCUUGCAAGACAGAGAUGAUUUGUGGCCGCAGUCAGCAAUGCAAAUUUUCUGCGACGUACCUUUUCGAUAUGGGGAGGGGGGAUUUUUCCUCACAAUACGGGCAACAGCAUCUUCACCCGCCCGACGAACAGCAGUUGGCGCGCCGGAGCAAGUAUCAAAAGUAAAAAUGUCUGGGUCUGGAAACUUGUGAUGCUGGGUGGCGUCUCAUGAUGAGGCUACAGAUGCUGGCUCAGCAUGACUACUUUCUGAGCUCCUAGGUGUUGCCAAUUCUGCAUGACAAACUGCGCUUCUGCAUCACAGAAAAGCGGAGCUCUUGGGUAACGUGCAUGACAGAUUCAAGAGUCAUGCCAGACAAGCAUGACAAACAUGAAUUGUUCCAGACCCAGACAUUUUUACAGUUGAUAGCAAGCAGGGCCGGCUUUUUGCCGCGGAGCAGCCGACCGCGUCGGGGUCCAUGGCGAGCCUGCUGGCGGCGAUCGCGGCCCUCCGGGUCUGCCGCGACCUCGGGCUGGAGAAGAAGUCCAUCAUCAUGUGCUAUGCAUUGCAAAUAUGUCUGGGUCUGGAAGAGUCGGGGCUUGUCAUGCACAUUUUGCAUGACCCGUGAGGUCUGUGAUGCUGGUGCUAGCAUCACAGAUUUUUUGAGAGCUUCUUGAUGCUCAGUACGCAUGAAAAGUGCCCUCUUCGCGUGCCAAGAGAAACUGACUCCUCUUGCUCCUCAUGCAACACAGAUAUUUUUCGAAUCCGCAGACAGCAUUACAAGUUGCAAACUUCCAGACCCAGACAUUUUUGCAAUCCAUAUGUGUGCGGACAGCGCCAUUGUGUGCAACGCGUUGUCGUCGAUGCGGGGUGGCCACUACGUAAAUUCCAUGUUUCACGACAUCACGGGUACGCCCAGUCCGAGCUCGCGCGCCACCGCGAACAACAACCUGGAGCUGCCGCUCGAGACCCCCACGGUCGCCGGCGGGCCAUCGGUACAGGGCCCGCCGCCAGCCUCCGCAGGUCCGGCGCAGCAUCAACAUGUGGUGCAGCAGCAGCAGCAACAGACGCUGAACAAUACGAGCGCGACGCCGACGAGCGCUUCGAUGGGGCACACUCCGAUGAUGGGCUACAACCCCGCGUUAUGGAUAUUGCAAAUGUGUCUGGGUCUGGACGAAACUUGUGAUGCUAAAGUAUGGAUAAGUUGUCUGGCGCCGGUCAUCUCAAGUGCAGCCAAGCAUGACAAGUUUAGUACUUGACGCCAUGUCUGAUGCGUAGCAUGCAAGAGAAACUGCGUUUUUACAUGGCAAAAAAGUAAACGCCUUACUUGCUGGCUGUGCAAAGAUACAGAUUUGAAAUAAAUGCAAGACAUGCAACACAAGCUCCAAUUUAUUUCUACACCCAGAUCGAUAUUUGCAAUGCAUCCGCGUUUCCGCCGGCGCCCCUGCCGACCGCCCAGCCGGCCGUGCUCUGGGUGUACGGCGCGAACGGCCUGCUGCUCCCGGUGCCCAUCCUGCAGCCCACGCUGGCCGCUCCGCCCCCGCCCCCGCUCGCGUCGCCUAUGGUGCCCGUCGUCGCGCAGCCGGUGAAUUUGACGACGCCCCUGCAGCAGCCCGUUCCCGGCCCCCCGCCGCUGAAUAAUAGUUCGAGUACAACCUCCAACGGCGCUGCUGGUGCGCUGCAGCAAAACAGUCGAACCAGCAGCAACACCUCCGGAGCCAACAAUCCCCUCGCCGGCGGUGCAAGCGGAAAUGGUAGCUCUGGUUCUGCUGCUCUGGCGAACACUAGUUCAUCAUCCCAGCACCUGCAGGUGGUGGAAAGUAGUAAGAGCAAAGCGUCGAAGUCGCGGUCCCGACGGAGCACCAGCGACAUUCCGAGCGGCGAGGCAAUCCAGAAAACCAUGAUUUGCCGCACCAAGGACGAUGAGGGGGAGAAGCAGAAGCAAAACACAAAGCCCGAACUCGUUCCGCUGCUGGACUUGCUGAAAAAGUACACGUAUGGACUGCAAGAUGAAAAGUAGAUCAUGGAGUGUCUGGGGGCUUCGUUCCUUCAUUUUUUUGAUACAGUGCAAGUGCAAGGCGUUCUCCGAUGAGUGACAUCGACAGAGGGUGAAAUAAGAUAGGAACGCGUUAUGAAUAUUUUCACCAUGAUGUUUCUCUGCAUGCAGAUGCAAGUACACUUUAGUUUUUCGCGUUCCACCUCCACUAACUUCUGCAGCAAUUGUCAUUCUAUUUCGCUGUCAAGGUAGAAAAAUGCUGUUUGGCUUUAUCUCGACACUUCCUUGUCUACUUCUUUUGCAAGUGCAUACUCUCGGCAGCAAAUUUCUGAGCCAGUGCCCCCGGGGCCAGAAGAUCGCGUUACAGGACAACGCGGCUAACGAGGUGGCGCGCAGGUGGCUGCGGAACGAACACCUACCCAGCAACUCCUCCGACCGGUCUGUGGUAUCACACAGAAAAAAACUGGCAGGUCAUAUUUGUAAUGCAAAAAUAAAUAGACAGAAAAAUUUGUAUUGCAUACCCUAAAUAGCAUGCUAUGAGGCCGCCCAUGACAGAUUUCUAUGUGUAUUCAUUUUUGCAUUACAAAUAUGCCCUGCCAGCUUUUUUCUGUGGGAUAUGUGGAAACGUUCGCGCAGACGCUGGGGGACUGGCUCGCGGACGAGGCGCUGGCCGAAGCGGUGUCGAUUCGCCAGAACCCGGGAUCGCUGGACGCGAGCAUGUUGUUGGCGAAAAACCGAAAAGAAAAAUCGAAGCAAACGACCGAAUAUCAAAUGCAAAAAUGUCUGGGUCUGGAAGAAUACAAGUUUGUCAUGCUUGGCCGGUAAUACAGAAAAGCCUGUGAUGCUUGUUGCGCUACAACUACGUCGCUUGUUUGUCAUGCAAAGAGGUCAUUUGUCAUGCGCUUAGCGCUAGACAUAGCCGCUCAGAAACUUGUCAUGCACAGCUUCGCAACACAGUUUGCGUAUCAUUCCAACAUUAGCAUGACAACUUUCCAGACCCAGACAUAUUUGCAAUGCAUACCGAAACCGAGGAGGGCGAGGUUCUGGAGGAGGUCGAGGACGAGGAGCUCGAAAAGAAGCCGUCAAAAAAUAUUUGGGAAUUACUCGAAAAAUGGGACUGAGUAACCGGUACAAGAAAAAAUACGGAGGCACGACGAGUUCUGGAGGACCACGACUGCUACCGGUCGUGGGAUCUUCGUGCUAUCAGGUUUUGAAAUAAACAAGCGUCUGAUCGCUCUACGUUUCAGGUAGAAAUAAAUUUAAAUACCAGUUCUAGCAGCCGUGGUAGUAGUUGUAUCCAGAACAUAUGCUUGUUUUGAUUGCGUACUUACGCACAAGGCUGCGUCAGCAAAAGCAAAACUGAAGCCUUUGCUGCGUGAUCGCUUGGAAUGAUAAAGAGGAAGGAAGCCAAAAACAAUAUGAGCGACUGUAUUCUACUUUUGAUUCACGACCAAAAAAACUUAGACGUGGUAGCUAUUUCCUAGCAUAGCUCCGCGUGAAAACAGGAACUGCAUCUGUAAAAAAAUUAAAAUCGCGAGGUGGAGGCAUAGGUUGAACAUGCUACUCACCAAGAAAUAACUUCCGUACACGUGCUGCCGCUACUUUAGCGAGCGAACUAGCGACAAGCACAGCUCCUCCCUGCGAAGAUAUAUACAGAUCCGCCCUUUUUUUUACUAUUUUUUACCCGACCCAGCUCCUGCCGUUCGGCAACUAUGCUUGAUUUUUGCACCUCCACCUCCGCAACUGUAAUACUAAUCAGACUACUUCGCACGAGCGACUCGGAAAAACUACACAAGGACGACAAUUUUUUGGAAGCCCCUGUCAAGGGACUCGAUCAUUCAAAUAUAAAUACUUGCAGUUUAAUAUUUACCGCGACAUACUAGAUGAUGUGUCGCAUUGAUUUGUUUUGUAUGUUGGGUAGUUGUAGUUUGAGGAUCUGCUUUUUCAUUCUCUGUCUCGCCGUGAGCACGGGACUGUUCCGGAUAGUCAAAGAAUGCUGAGUGGGCCAGAUUUAUUGGGGGAUCAUUAAAUUCAAAACCAACCUCAACCGCAG